UAGUUGGCCGUUCCGUUGUAUGUAUUGUUGUAUGUAAUAACAAUAUAUUGUUCCAUACAAAUUUAUUAAAGAAGAUUGAAAAAUUGUGUGAAACAGAUGAUUAGAGAAAUAAUAACAUGAAGCAAGAGACUCUUUGCUGUACCUUAAGGUGAUAAAAGGCACAUUCAACCAGAGGGAUCAACCAAAAAAGGGAAAGAUUGAGAUUACUGUUUAAUAGUUAAAAAAUUUAUAAGGAAAACAUGGCCGUGGUGAUAGAAACUACCAUAGGAGAUUUCACAGUGGAUCUGUAUACUGAGAAACGUCCUCAAACCACGCGGAAUUUCCUGAAGCUGUGCAAACUGAAAUACUACAACUGGAACCUCUUCCACUCGGUACAAACCAACUUUAUCGCACAGACCGGUGAUCCCACUGGCACUGGAAAGGGUGGAGAGAGCGUAUAUGGAAUUGUACUGGGCGAGAAGGCCCGUUACUACGAGGCCGAACAGAUGCCGAAGAUCAAACAUAGCCGUGUAGGUCUGCUAUCCAUGGUGAAUUGUGGGAACAACAUGCUGGGCUCUCAGUUCUUCAUCACGCUGGGAUCAGAGCUGCAAUCCUUGGACAGCGAACACUGCGUGUUCGGAGAGAUAACAGAAGGAUUGGAGGUGAUCCUCAAAUUUAACGAAACCAUCUGCGAUGGAGAUCAAAGGCCGUAUCAGGACAUAAGGAUAUCCCAUACUGUCAUCUUGGAAGAUCCGUUUGACGAUCCUGUGGGAUUUGUAGUUCCCGACAGAAGUCCAGAACCUACGAAGGAAGCUCUGAUGAGCGAUAGAAUUGGAGCAGAUGAAGCAAUCGAUGAUACCGGCGGUAUGACCACAGAAGAGAUCACGGAAAUGCAGAAGAACAAGGAAGCGAAGGCGAGAGCCACGAUAUUAGAAAUCGUGGGUGAUAUACCGGACGCGGAUAUUGCCCCGCCGGAAAACGUCUUGUUUGUCUGUAAAUUAAAUCCGGUCACGAACGAUGACGAUCUCGAAAUUAUCUUCAGUCGUUUUGGAAAAAUUGUUGGUUGUGAAGUUAUAAGAGAUCAUCAAACGGGUGACUCCUUGCAGUACGCAUUCAUCGAAUUUGCCGAUCGCAAGAGCUGCGAGAAUGCAUAUUUCAAGAUGGACAACGUUCUGAUCGACGACCGAAGGAUACACGUGGAUUUCUCGCAAUCAGUCGCGAAGAUGCGUUGGCGUGGCAAGGGGAAAGGUAUCCGGUAUUUCGAUGAAGACGACAAGCCGAAGAAACGCGAGGACAAUUAUUCGUUCUCGAGGAAACCUGACACAUUGCACGAUAGGGACAACGGUAAAAGUAAAGAGGAAGGAAAAAGAAAGGAGAGCUAUAAAGAUUGUGGUUUCGAACACAGAAAGCGCCGAAGAGAAGACAGAGACAUCAGAGACAGAAGAAAGGAAGAUAGAUCGUAUGAUGACCAUUAUGAGAGAAAUAAGUAUGACAGCGAGCGAAAAGAUAGAAGAAGAAGGGAGGAACGACGAGAUAAGGAUAGAAGUGAUCAGAGGAGAGGUCACAGCGAGGAAAGAAGAAGCAAGAGGGACGAGAACAGCGAGCGAAGAAGAGAUCACAGCGAAGAGAGAUCGGAAAGGAGAGGCAGAAGGGACGAUCACAAUGACAAGGAACGUCGGCAUCGUGAUAACGAGAGGAAAAGACCGGACGACGAUGACGAUACGAGACACAGAGACAGAUCGCACAAGCAUAAAAGAAAACGGUGAAAGAAAAUAAGACAUGAGAGAGCUAGAGAGCAUUAAACUACGUAUUCACUAAAGGAACAUAGAGCAACAUUUGCAUUUCUGUUGCCUGUUUUCGCGAAAGUUCUAAUAUGUUUCUCGAUGUUUCUCAUUGUCCCCAGAAACAGAAACAUAGGUACCUAACUCUAUAGGAUUACAUCUCAUGAAUUUAUUUAGUGGAGACAAAUUGUUUCGGUUGUCAGUAACAAUAGGCAACAAAAAGUUCCUCAAUGUUCCUUUAGUGGAGUUUAAGUAAUUAUGUAUCUAAUUGUAAGACCGUUCUUAUAUUUGUUUCUUAAAUAUAAACGUUUUAAAUGCAGUUCCAAGAUGUGAUAAUCAUCUUAAAUCCUUACUUAAGACGAUCUUGAAAUCCUUCAUUUCUUUCCAUUGUAAAAAAAAUGAAUAAACGCAUAGUUUACAAGAGGGGCUGUAAUUCAAACGUUUCUUUUUUUUACAUAGAGUAAAAUUGUCAGUAUUCUUUCGAGUACAAAACAUUGAGAAAAAAAAGGUAUUCGUUAAAUCAAUCGGCAAAAAACGAGGCAUCGAUCGACGCACGCAUUUUCUUCGCAGAUCGAUGAAGGCGAUUUUCGCAAGGCCACGGGAAGCUCUACAGAUUCUAUAACUGGUAACAGCGCGUACAAUAAAGCUAUCGAAACCACGGAACUUCAUUCGACAAAGUAGUAGUCGACGGGGCGUGACGCCGAUGAUCGCCGUAACAGGUACGACGAUGAGUGAUCAGAACUGAUUAUCGAACGGCCGUAUAAAAAAUAGAGAGCGAAAAACGAUCUGGCGGCGUACCGUUCGGGCACGGCCGCCCGAUUUUAAGGAGAACCACAUUCUCCCACACGAAAGUGCUCGGCGCACUUUCGUGUCCAAGUCCCGCUUUAAAUAUUAUAGGAACGAUAACAAAAUCAUUUACGUGGACAUGCAGGUAAUGAGCUGCGCAGCCCGCGAGCUCUCGCAGAACGCUCUUUUGUUUCUUUGGUGAUGUCGCAAUUUGGUAUUUUGGAUUCUUGCCUCGCGGAACACAAACUAACAGCAUCGCUUCAAUCAUUACGUUAUUUCAAUGUUAUAAUUUCCUCAACAAUAUAGAAUAGAGACUAACAAAGCAACCUCGCGAGGUGCCAAAUUCUGAUUUUAAUGAAACUUUCUAUACAAAUAGAGAGUUAAAAGAUGAAUUUAGAAAAUAUUAAUUGCGGCGAAAAAACGGUUUGAAGGAAUGAAAUCACUCCUUUUAUAUGUAAAGCGGUUUUCUACUUUUUCGUUGUAUCUCAAAAACUACUCGAGACAUAAAAAAAAAUGUUUUAUACAAAAGUUGUACAAUAAAGUUAGCUGUAUAAUUUAUAUCGAGUUAUUCAAGCGUUAAAGAUCCCGCUUGACCGUUAUAAAUCUUUUAUUACUUAUUCAUUAUGUAUAUUCACGUUAUGGACUUAAAAGGUACUUGUUUAAUAUUGUACUGUUUUCUUUGUUAAGACUCAUUAACUGACUGAUAUUGUUUGCAAAAGGAAUCAGAAAGACAAGCUUCGUUUACCUUCCUUUUGUCUAUCAAGCCGCAGUUUUCUGUAGUUUAGUGGAAGACGUGCUUCAGUAUAUUAUAGAACUCUCUGGUUACGUUACAUUUAUAGUGUUGAGUGGGAAAUUAUAAUAUUUAUGUAAUAUUAACUGUUUGUAUUCUGCAGGGCAGAUACAGGAAGGCACACUGGAUCCUCGCGAUAUCCUCGCGAUAUCCUCGCGAUAUCCUCGCUUCGUUCGCGUCUCUCACGCGGUCGAGAGACGAGAAAUGUUUCGGAAACGAAGUCGAUGAAGAAACGAAGCCGAUCGAUUGCGAUUCGCAAUUUUCGCGAUGCUGGAUUAGGAAAAAGAAAGAUCAUCACCCACAUGGCAGAUAGUAGCAUAUAUGCGCGAUCUUGCCUCACUAUUCAUUCGUCGGGUUGUUUUACGUAUCGCUCCCGAGAAGAGAAACGCGCAUCUCGACUUUUAUUCAAGGGCCUCCUUCGACAAUUCCGAACUCUCGAGCUACUUUGCGAUCAUUGUGUCGCAGUUACCUUAUAACGCCUAUUUCUUUUCUCUUGUUAGAGAGCCCUAUCUUAAUCGCACGUAUCGUAGUUUCGCUACAUCACAAUCGGUCCGUAUCCAUACGUUACAAGCUUCGAAAGAAAAUUUAGCUUAAUUGCGCCGUAUUACAUGAAACGCUCUAUAUAUAUUCCGGGGAGGGGAAAACAGAACUAUACAUUAAGCGCGUACGCGUGCAUAUAUUAGAUAACUAAUUUCCAAUAUGUAACACAAAUAAAUACGGUGAAUUAUAUUAGGAGACAUUUUAUGAUACACAAGGUGAUUCUGUAAUGUAAGUAUUCUCUACUUCAGAGGGUGAAUUCAGAGGCC